AUAUAUAUGUAACAGGUAAGUUAUCGUGCGCUAACAAUGUCUGAAAAAAAGUAUCUGAGUCAUCGUCAAAAUAUUUAAUAAUUAUCAUAUAAUAAGUGUUAUCUAUGUACAUUGUUGCGCUGGGGAAAACCAGUUUGCUCAUAGCGUUUUUUUUCGAACUACUAGAGCGGACUAAGUGCAUCAUCAUUCAAUUUUUUGUUGCAAGUCGGCUUUAUUUAUUUCUUUAUAAUUAUAUGUGUUUGCUAAGAUCACGGACAUACAUGAUAAAAUAGUGCCAAAAAAGUGACAGUGCGGCAGAACGUUGUAAGAAAGAGUUCUCCCAUCCGCACCUAGUCUAGUCGGAUGUGCAAAAUGGUUAUGUUUUCAAUUUACAUCAUUUGUAGUGGUGACGUUCGCGUGGGACUCCCACAAACCAGUACCACAGCCUUACACAGCUUGGCAACCAGUAUUAUAAAAGCGAACGUAGCGAACGCUACGCUUGUAGUCGGAUCGGAACCUGCGAUAGUUUAUCCUAAAUAUAGAAAAUGUUAUUUUACUUAAUACUAGUUACCGCAUUGCCUGCUGUCAUCGUUGGACUACCACAAAAUACAAUGACCCGAGUAGAUGGUUUUUUUUUUGACGGACCAGCAGCUACUACUUUGAGUAAUUCAACUACUGUUUCCACUAUUACUACUACUGUUACCGCUAGUAGUACUAUUGUAUCUUCUGCUCCAUAUGACGUAUGCGUAGCAUCUUGUCCGGUAACAAAUGAAUAUAAUCCUGUCUGCGGUACGGAUAAUGCUGAUUACACGAAUCCAGGUGGACUAGGCUGUGCUCAAAGAUGUGGAAAAGAUGUGACUCUAAAUUACUAUGGGCGUUGUUCGACAGGUAGAACCGGAUAACUUACAACUUUUUAAACAGUUAAAUUGUAAGCAAGUUAAAGAAAUAUUGUUUUAAUGAAGGCGAAAGACUGACUGUCUAAUAAAAAUUGUGUAAAAAAAAUAUAUAUAUUUAUACGAUCGAAAGAAAGUAUACGCAGUAAAACACGUAUAUGGUACAAAUAUUAUAUUCAUAUUUUAUGUAUAGGCAACAAUAAUAGUUUUUUUUAUUGUGUAUUUACCUUGAUAUC